AUGGCCAAGUACUUGGUCCAGUUGAUUCUAUCUGGUGCUCGAGUUUUGGGCCGUGCCUUUGCCCAAGCUGUCAAAGAAGAAUAUGUUUCAAGUCAAAGAGUUGCUAACGCCCGUCGAAACAAUGGGUCUGGUGGUCCUGAACAAAAUACUUACGUCCAAAACGCUGGAAUCUCACUAGAGGAAGCAAAACAAAUAUUGAAUGUCAAAGAUAUUCACGAUAUAAGUACUUUAAAUAAACACUAUGAACACCUCUUUUCCUCCAACAGUAAAGAUAAAGGUGGAUCAUUUUACUUACAAUCUAAGGUAUUUCGAGCGAAAGAGCGUAUUGAUGAGGAAUUACAGUUUGAACAGUCGGAACGGCGACGAGAUCCAGAAUCUAGAAACAAUAACCAAUCAGGGACAUGAACAAAUGUAAAAAAUCACUUUUUUAUUAGUUCUCUGUAUUUAGGAAUUUACAGAUAAGUCAAUAUCGUAUAAAUUUAUUGUACAGUAUUAGUUGAAGAGAAAUUAAAAAUAACCACGAUUAAUUUUACGUUGUUUCUUUAUGGAGUACCAUGAAGUGAAGAAAUUUUAUCGCUA